AUGUCUUUAGAUGAAGAAAGAAAACAAGAUAGGAUGAAAAAUCAAGGUUAUGAGCAAAGACAAGAUAUCAUAGCGUCAAUUAAAAAAAUUAUUAAAGAUUAUCCUCACGAAUCAAUUUUCAGAGAAUUUUUACAAAACGCCGAUGAUGCGAAAGCAACCAAAUUUAAAAUUAUAAUUGAUGAAAGAAAAUCAAAUCCAACUGAUGGGUUAAUAAGUGAAAAUAUGAGAGCAUUACAAGGUCCUGCAAUUUGGAUUUACAAUGAUAAACAGUUUGAAGAAAAAGAUUUAGAUUCUUUGUUAAACAUGUAUGAUGGUAGAAAAGCUAGCGAUGAUACAAAAAUUGGAAAAUUCGGAAUUGGUUUUAGGUCUUGUUUUAAUUUUACUGAUGCGCCCAGUUUUGUGACUGGUGGAAAUUUUCGUGUUUUGGACCCACAAGGAGAAUAUAUUCCAGGUGGUUAUGCUCGUAACUAUACAGAAGAGGAAUUUUUGAGAUUGUAUAGCGAUCAAUUACAACCUUAUAAAGACAUUGCCGAUUUUGAUCCUAAUGAAAUUUUUGAUGGAACAUUGUUUCGACUUCCUCUUAGAAACACUGAAAGUAGAAUUAGCGAUGUGAUUUAUGAUGCAAAACAAAUUCUAAAGUUCCUGGAAAAUUUUAAAAAGGAUGCAAUUUCCUGUCUAAUUUUCUUAAAAUACGUCGAAUCAAUCGACGUUUAUCAUUUGAAGGAAACUGCCGAAGAAGAACAUUUAUGGAGUAUUAGUAUCACCAAUUCUGAUGAAAUCAGAGAAAAAAGACUCUCUUAUAAUAUUGAUCCUGAAAUUUUUGCUCUUAAUAUUGUCACGAAAGUUAUGAAAGAUGAAACUGAGGAAUCAAAAAAUUGGAUUGUGUGUACAGGAGGUGAUAGAUUAAUUGGAGACACUGAAGACGAAAAAACACUUAAAGAUUUUGCAGGAAAAAAUCGUUUAAAACCUUGGGGAGGUGUUGCUGCUUUAAAUGAAAUAACUGAUGAUUUUAUAGGAAGAUUGUUUUGUUUCUUUCCAUUAGCUCAAAUGACAAAUUUACCUGUUCAUUUGAAUGGUAUUUGGGCAAACAAUUCAUCAAGGAAUAAUAUCUUGUUAAAUGAUGAUGCGCUCUCUGACAAAAAUGAAUUGUACUUAAAAUGGAAUCGUUAUAUCUUGUUAAAUAUUUUACCAAAACUUUACAUAAAAAUUUUGGAACAUCUCGUCGAUUCGGCAAGGAAUCAAAAUUCUCAAGAACAAAUUAUUGUCAAGUAUUGGCCAUUACCAUCACAAGAAACUUCACAUGAGAAAUAUGUUAGAGAAUUUGGUAGCGCGGUGUUAAAACUACUUCCUCAAGAUCAACCAUUAUUUUUCACUCGUGGUUUUGAUGGUGAUGAUGGAAAAUAUGUUACAUUCGAAGAGGCGUGUUUCAAAAAUGAAGAUGAUAUACUUAUCAUUGAACUUCUUGAAAAAUUUAACUCGACAAUUGUAAGAUUAGACGAAGAAUAUUUAAAAGAUUUAGAAAAAUCUGGUUUGCAGGUUAACAAAGUCGCCACAGAAAACAUUUGUGAACAACUUAAAGGUCAGGAUAUUGAUGAUAUAACAAAUAAACACGCUAUCAAAGACAUCAUAAAAUUAUUAAAAUUUUUAUUAAAAGAUCAACAAUGUUAUGAUAUGAUAAGGGGAAUAAAAUUGCUUCCACUUGAAGAUGAAAGUUAUGGUGAAUUUGGCGAAAGAAAAUAUAUUGCAACUACAGAACAAAGAAGACUUCUUUCAAAUGUAAACGGUUCCUUUUUUGUUCAUGGAGAUUGUGUGGAAGAUCGCGAAUUGAGAACAAUUUUUGAAUCUGAGGAUUUUCAAAAGGCAACCAAUAUUAGUUCUUUUAAUGCUAAUACAUUACUACAUCUUUUAGAACAUCAAUUGACCAAGGAGAAAAAUAUAGAAUAUUGGGAUCCUUCUGCUUCUUUACAUAAUAUUUCAAAUUUUAUAUGGUUAGAAAACAUUUGGGAAAUAAUUUUAGCGUCCGAUUACGGUGUAGAAUCUUUUCGAGAUUUUCCACUGUUAGAUAUUUGUUCACCAAAUAAUGCUCUAUAUCUUUUAGAUUCUGAUAACCCCGUAUUUAAAAUUCCACAAUCCAUAACUGAUGGAGACAUGAUACAUGUACUAAUUAAAUUAGGCGUAAAGUUCACCAGAAGAAAUAUACAUGAUAAAUUAAAAGAUUAUAUUCUCGAAUGGAAUUAUAAGAACAUUUUUCGAGUAUUGGAAAAAUUUAUAAGACAAAAUAAUGAUUUCUUAGCUAACAAUGUCGACAUACAACCAAACGAUAUCGAGGUAAUAAAGAAGUAUGUGAGAGAGAAAUGGAGCUUGCUAACUCAUGAAUUUGAUUAUGUCCUACAAAAUUUGAAAAUUUGGCCGACUUUUCCAAACGGCGAAAGUUUUUUUAGAGCUUCUGAUGUAUCUCUAAAACCUCAAGAUAUUCGUUUAUUCGAUGAAAAUAGUAGCAAGUUGAAUGGAUUUUUUUAUGAAAAUGAAAAUAGUAGUAACAACAAUGAUAUUAUUACGUUGGAUAGGAUAAUACUAACAAAUUUAGGAGCGAGAGUUGUUGGACUAAAUGAUUUUCUUAAAGAUACUAUUCAAUUUCCAUCAAAAUAUAAAGAUGAGAAAAAAUAUAUUGAUUUUAUUAAAAGCGUUUUAAUUUCCAAUGAUUUUAAUAACGCCAAAGAUUUGCUAAUGAAUAAAACAGCAGCAAUUCCAAAUAAUUCGGACAAAGUAUUAAAACUUGCUAGAAAUUUAUAUUAUUCCAAUGAACAAUCAUUAUUCGAAACGAUAUUUAAAGAUUCUGGGAAGAUUAUUCACCGUGAUAUUGUAUCUGACGAAAGAUGUUUAACAGCAUUAUUAAGAAUGGGGUUGAAGAAUUCUGUGGAUCGUGUUACAUUUUUAGAAUGUGCAGAUGAAAUUGACAGACUUCAACAUAGAAACAAUAAUAAUAAUAGAAGAACACAAACAAGACCGAAUAAUGAUUUGGUGGAUCGGGCUAGAGUUUUAGUCAAUUAUUUAUAUGAACGUUUUGAAGAAGUUAAUUUUGAUCGUGAGGAUAUUCAAAGAUUAUUAAGAAAAAAAUUUGUUCCAGUCGAUCAAGAGAUUAGGAAUACAUAUCCAACCAAAUAUGUUAGAAUAAUUGACGGUGAUGUAGAGUGUUUUGAAUCAUUAUGCUCAAAUGAAUACAGAGAUAUUGCAUGGACACAAUUAGGGUUUAUAGAUUCACGAGCUAUACCAAGAAAUAUUUCUGUUAUUGAUAAAAUAUUGGAAGAUUUUCCGGAACUUGGAAAACCAAAACCAACUGUUGUUCUCGAACAUUUAAAAGCUGUUAAAGAAAUGGCACUUGAUCCUUCCAAUACAAUUAAUUGGGUUGAUGCUGACGAAUUACGAAUAGGAGUUCUCGAGAGUGAUGAAGGAUACGUGAAGAAUUCUAUUUCAAAAUAUCAAAAAUUGUUAAAAGUAGCAGGUGCAUAUGUAGUUAAAAAUCCAACCCAAUUUCAAUUUGAGGAUAUGUCAUCUUAUUCCGAAGGAGAUCAACUACUUAAAAGACUUCAAAACUUCCUAGUUAAUAGUCCACCAGCUUAUAAUGAUGUAAUUUUUACAGUUGGAGGAGAAGAAAUACGAGCCAAUCGAGCGAUUUUGGCAACGUGUAAACAUUUUGAAACAUCAUUUUAUGGUAAUUUUCAUACAGCAGCCUUCAAUGAACCGAUUAGAAUGGAUCAAAAUAAAAUAUGCGACGGUAUUAGUCCGAAUGGCUUUAGAAGUUUAAUAAAAAUCAUGUAUGGAGGUAAUUUAGAUCAAGUGAUUGCCGAAGAAAACAACAAUAAUAGUGAUGACAGACAAAGAAUUAUAUACUUACUGUUAGAUCUUUUAAAAGGAUCGGAUUAUUACGAAUUAGUAGAUACCAAAAAGAAAAUCGAAAUUAAAUUAUCAAAAUAUGUUCUGCCACAAACUUAUAACAUAAUUUAUGAAACAGCAAAAGAAUACGCGGCAACGCAGUUGGAAGGUUAUUGUAUAGCAUUCAAAGAAAGUAAUCCAGAUUUAUUUCAAGAUUAG